UAAUCAGUCGGACAAAUUUACUCGAGUUGCUUGGUUACAAUACGGCCAAGUUAGUUUCGCUCAGUCCGGCUGGAAUUUGGCAGCUCCUAAACAAGUGAGAGACAAUUUCGUGGUAUUGGAACGUCGUUGAAGUUUUCGACCCAACAUGGACAGUAACUAUAUCUCCGAGCCUGUGGAAUUCAGGCAGUUGGAGGGUAAUGCCAUAGACUUUCGCAAAACAUUUGAUCUGCGCGGCCAUGGCACUGACGAAAUGCUAAUGCUGUAUCUGCGAAAGGCCAAUUUACCGGAUAACGUAAAUCUUAUAUCAGCCGAACAAAGACGUACCUAUAUUUACGACAUAAUUAGGAGCAAUAAAGGGCCUGGCUAUUGGGUGCCACGUUCUAAUGAGGUGAGCAGCGACGUCUUUUCUAAUCCACCACCUGCAGUUCGCCCACCGACUCGAGCAUCACCCUCACCAAACACCUUUCGCCGUACGUUGGUCAAUCCGGAUAGCAAUAACAACAUUCAAAGCAUGAGCUCUUCAUCGUCCUCGAACAGCUUGCAAAGUGGAAAAAGCUCACACAAUGCUUCGCCGGCUUCCAGUUUCUCCACCAACGUCGUUGUCAGCUCUAAGGGUUCAAAGUACGAAAUAGGAGGACCAAUUCAUUUUCAACAUGUUGCAGGUGAUGUGACGCGCGAUCGGACUCGCAAUGCCUUCGACCUGAGUGCCAACUCCAAUGACAAUGUGCUAAAGAAGUAUAUGAUUGAGCAUGGCAUAGCUGAAGAGGAUAUUAAUGGUAUGCGACGACAGGAUGUGAUUAAAAAGAUCGUGCAUUCCAACUUUACCUGGAUACCUCCAAAGCAAAAGCCAAAGCAAACACCACCACCGCUCGUUUAUGCGACGAUAUCGACCAAUAACCAAAUAACACCACCGGAAUCGCCGGUGCCGGCAGAGCCCAACGACCCAACCUCAGCAUUUUCCAAUUAUAUUUCACUAACGUCACGAUUCGCUGAUAUUAGUGAUAUGCCCAUUCCCGAGCAGGCGGGUGGGAAACAACAGACGAAUAACUGCACAACCAUCACUGUACCAAUCGCGGUGGAAGUUAAAAACAAGCCUAAGAUACCACCACCACCUUCGGCUGUAAGAGCAACAAAUAACCAUGCCGGUGCGCUACCUCCAAAUCCGGCCCCACCAAAAACACCAGAGAAUGUCUAUGCGACAAUAGCUCCACAACGAAAAGUAGUACCGAUGCGUAUGGCACCACCACCAACACCCCCCAAACCAAAUAUAAAUAGCUCGCCAACACUAAUAGUAAGCAAACCAAAACUACCGACCCAAAAACAAUGUAGCCCAACUGCUUCAGUGCCUCCACCACCGCCGCCUCCAAUUUCAAUUACACAGCAACCACUGGUGGGAAAUAGCAAUAGUAGUGUACCAGAACCGCCUCCGCUACCCAAAACUGGCGCAGGUCCCCCUCCCCCUCCACCUCCUCCACCCAACUUAACAGCAGGUGCGGGACCAACACCGCCACCACCACCACUUCAAGCUGCAACAACUAAUACGCCAGCAAAAACAGUCGUUUCCAGUGGUGACGAUCGUGAUGCAUUUUUAGAAAGUAUCCGAAAAGGCGUAACUUUAAAGAAAGUUGAUCAGAAAGCUGCUACAAUUAGCGGGGUGAAACCACGCCCUGAGCGCAAACCACCAACCAUGGAUUUCUUAAGCGAACUCAAGCUGGGAAUAACAUUAAGACGCGUAAAAAAUCCUGAUGAUAAUCCAUACUCCGACAACAAUGCGGACGAAUCGCAGGCGUAACGGCUACGAACC